CUCACCGCUUCAAAGCACAUGUUACUCCUCUCACUGGAGUGAAUAGUACUUCUAAGACCUACGUAUCAAGCUAUGCCAUCGCGGAGAGGAUUUGCACACGCAAUACAUGGUUUCACAGAUCAACAGUUCGGCACUAUGAAAGAAAACAGGACUCAACUUGGGAACUGAAGAGGAAAGAUUGGUCUUAGCGGGGAGCAAUCUUAUAUUAGACAGUUCUGCUUCAUUUCUUCACCUCCUUGGAGACUGUGAGAACUAGCCAGACUUUCACAAAGCAGCAAAGACGAACUUCUGCAAAACAACCCAUUUGCUUUAAACCACCUAAUGGCCAUGGAGAAGUCUCGUCUGAGCAACAUCUCCCAGGCUUCAUUAUUUGGAGAUGCACUUUGGGCACAAGGUGACUGCCCAACCUCCCUUAGCAGCACCACUUUCCUCAUCGUAGCUUACAGCGCCAUGCUAGCAGUGGGCUUGGUAGGCAACACUUGCCUGGUCUUAGUCAUCACACGACAGAAAGAGAUGCGUAACGUGACCAACAUCUUCAUCGUAAACCUCUCAUGUUCUGAUAUCCUCGUUUGCUUGGUAUGUUUGCCAGUCACCAUUAUCUACACCCUCAUGGAUCGAUGGAUUUUGGGUGAAGCUCUGUGCAAAGUGACACCAUUCGUCCAGUGCAUGUCCGUGACGGUUUCAGUCUUCUCCAUGGUACUAAUCGCUUUGGAAAGACACCAGCUCAUCAUCCACCCAACCGGAUGGAAGCCUGUCGUCAGACACUCAUACCUGGCUGUAGCGGUUAUCUGGCUUGUAGCUUGUUUUAUUUCCCUUCCAUUUCUUUCGUUUAACAUCCUCACAAACUCGCCGUUUCACAACCUUAGUCUUCCCUUUAACCCCUUUAGUGAUCACUUCAUCUGUAUAGAACAGUGGCCAUCUGAGGGGAAUCGGCUAGCUUACACCACAUCGCUACUUCUUUUCCAGUACUGCUUACCGUUAGCACUAAUUCUACUCUGCUACUUCCGCAUAUUUCUGCGCCUCAGUCGACGCAAAGAUAUGGUCGAAAGAACGCAAGGCAGGAGCCAGAAGAAGGCCAAAGGCUCAAAGCGAGUCAACGCCAUGCUAGCCUCAAUUGUAGCUGCAUUUUCGCUGUGCUGGUUGCCACUAAAUGUUUUUAACACAGUUUUUGAUUGGAACCAUGAGGCAAUUCCAGUGUGCCAGCAUGAUGCCAUUUUCUCAGCCUGUCACCUCACAGCUAUGGCGUCGACUUGCGUUAACCCUGUGAUCUAUGGGUUUCUAAACAAUAACUUCCAGAAGGAGCUGAAAUCGCUUUUAUACAGAUGCCGCUGCUGGGGGCCUCCAGAGAGUUAUGAGAGUUUCCCAUUGUCCACCAUCAGUACCGGUGUUACAAAGGGGUCCACCCUUAGCAAUGGCUCAGUCAGCGUCAACGCCUAUCAGCCACACAAGAAAAACAGUUUAGAACAAAAAGAGAUUGUUUAAAUUCUGUCAAAUGUACUACAAGGCAUCGACCAUGCUAUGCUUUAAUUUAGCAUUCAAAGGUGGAUUGAGAAUGCCAGCAGCCAAUCUGUGCAAUAAGUACAAAUUUAAGACUUCCAAAAUCUUUAGUAACUGAACUUGGAGAUCAAUAUCCUAAUUCAGACUAAUGGCAAUGUGUGAUGUUCUCCAGGUUCGUGCUGCUAAAAGAUGGUGACUUAUCUUUAAACACAGUUUAAACAUAUUAAGGUAAGGUGUAUUGUAGCUGCAUUAGCCUUUCCAUCAUUUCAAAUUCCUGUGGGUAAAUGUUUAAAUGUCAACAUGGAACGUCCAUUCAACCAAUUUUAUUUGAGCAAUAUGUGAAAAUGGAUAUUCAACAAGAACAUAUGUAUUGGAUCAUGAAAAGUGGAGCUGGACCUGAAUGCGAGUUUGCAGUUGAUUAUGGAAGACCAUCGGCACCAAUCAUUUAUGGAAGCUUUUGAACGGGACAUGGAGGCUGAAAGUCAAAUUCUCCCUCAAGACCAUCUUGAUGUAUCCCAAUUAUACCCGUAUUAAAUUGCUUCAUUAACUAUUUGCAAGAGUUUUGGAAGGCUGCAUUAACUGCAUUAAUAACACUAGCCUCAAACAAUGGCUAAAUUUUUUCACACUGCCUAGGUGUCGUCAGCUAAAAAGGAAGGUAAUUUCAAAGUGAUUACACUUUGAUGAAAAUUACAAAGUCAUACACGAAUUGUGCACAAUUGAGACCAGGAAUGUGAAUUAAGAAUGUAAAUAGGGUCCAUUUUGAUUUUAUGCUGACUUUAUUCACAGCUAAAAUGAGCACUAAUGUAAUGGACUGUUCAAAACAAUAUAGUGAAUUCUCAGUAUAAUCAUGAAUGAUGCACAGAACACCAAUUUCAGUUAGAUGUUGAAUACUUAUUAGAGGCCUUGUUCUUCAUUGUCUUUGUUCAGGCUAGGCCUGUCCAAGGAUAUUAGUAAUAGAAACAGAAAUGGACUGUUUAAAGUGGAGAACUAGCAUUGUGUAUAAUGUGUACAUAUAUAAUAUUUAGCAGGACUAGGACUACAUUAAAAGCACUACGUUCUGUCACUGAUUGUGAUUAUAAUGAAUGCUACUUCAAACUGAUAUGUACUAUGAUUUACAUGUUUUGUUGCUCUUUGUGACAGGUGUAAUUUGUUUCACUGCUCUAAAUGUUAAUCGAUAUCAUAGUAUGCACUGUGUCUUUGGCUGAAUGGCUAUAAACUGUGGUUCAAAACAAUAAUGUGCAUGAAGUAGUAUUUGAAAAAUAAAAAAUAAAAAU